GAUGUUUUGUUUAUUUGAGUCUACAUCCGGGUCCUGAAGUUCUCCAUCUGCUCCACAGUUCCUUGUCGCAGAUUCGCGUGUAUCGACAAGGCUCCACGCCACCCAGCCGAACCUUGUUCCUGGUUCUGGUUCUGAUAAACCUACCUGACGGUCCAGGUUACCGCGGGACCGACACUGAGUCUGUUCCGAACCGCAGAACCCCCUCCAUCAUGGAGACUGAGAACCCCAGGAUAGCAGACGGACUCGGACCUGCAGCCGAAUCCAACGAGCACGACUACGCGCACACUUCAGACCCACCCGAACCCUCGGUGCCGCCCGCCGAACCCCCGCAGCUGGAGCUUCCAGAACCCGCCCUUGGCGCCGAGGUGGACUGUCCCGGUGGGACCGAACCGGAGGCUGGGAGCGCGGAGGAGCCCGUCGUGACGCGCGUCAGUCCGCGGGUGUCCAAGCGGCCGGAGGACCGGAACUGCUGCUGCUGCCGGCUGCUGUUCCUGCGGCAGGGCCGCUCCUUCAACCGCAGGUCGGUGCACACCUUCACCACGCCGGAGACCGUGCGCUGGGUCUUCCCGGACUCCGUAGUCCACGAGAAGUCCUUCCUCUGCGAGACGUGCGCGCAGGUCAUCAAGAGCCGAGCCAAGCGCAGCCAGAGCGGCAAGCGGCUGAUGUUCGUGAAGCCGCCGGAGACCAGGAAGGUGUGUGGCCGCCAGGUGAAGGAGUCGGGUCGCCGGAUGGGGAAGAAGAGCAAAGCCGCCCUGCUGGUCAGCAAGUCCAGCUACAAAGCCGCCUUCCGGAUGCUCUGGUCGUCUAAAGGCGCCCGGAAGCCCAUGAUGGAGUUCUGGAGCAAACAGCUGAGAAACGAGAUGAAGGUUCUGUCGCGGAAGCCGGACAGUCCGUUCCACCAGAAGGUGUCCGGCAGGAAGCCGCUGUCCUCCUUCCCCUGGAGGCGAUGCCUGGGCUGGGCGCGGGAGAACGCUCCGCUGGUAACCGCCUGCCUGAGCUCCAUGUUCCCCGACAUCAAGACCCUCUUCAAACGCAGCCACAACCAGCUGACGGAGGAGCAGGCCGUCACGCUGCUGGAGCGCCGCACCGUGGUGGCGCUCUCCAUCCCGCUCUUCACCAGAAACAUCUGGACCAACAACUUCCUGCAGGCGGCUGUGGGGGGGGAGCUGCGUCUGCAGGGCUGCACCGGCGCCGCCCUGGACCUGCUGAACACCAUGGGGCUGUGCCAGAACAAAGACACCGCCCGGCUGCUGGUGCACCGGCUGCGGAACGGCGCAGACAUGGAGGGGGAGCAGAGUUUGAUGCUGAAACACCAGCAAAUAAAGGAGGAUAUGGGGCAAACGACGACAGAUGAAGAAGAGGAGGAGGAGGAAGAGGAGGGUGAUGAUGACGAAGAGGAAGAGGAGGGAGUAGUAAAGCAGGAGGAUGAAAUGAUGAUGCCAGAGGAGGUGGAGGUGGAAGAAGUUCAGGACGGGAUAAAGGGCGACGAGUCGGAUCCGCCUGUGAUGGACAAAGAAGAGAGGAGGAGGAGGAAGAAGGCGAAGAAGCAGAGGAGAGAGGAGAAGAGGAAGGAGAGGAGAGGGAAGCGGAAGGAGAGAGAGGAAGAGGAGGAGGAUGAAGAUGAUGAGCUGGAGCAGAAGAGGAAGGUGGUGGUGGUGAGGCUCGGCUUGCUGAAGGGAACCUCGGAGGUGGGACGGUCCGACCUGUCGGCUCCCUGACCCAGCUGCUGAGGCCCCGCCCCCUUUGGUGGGUCAGAGGAACUCUGGGAAACGUAGGCGGUCAGCAGCUGGAGGACACUGAGAGGCCGUCUGGUAAACGGUCGGACAUUUCUAACCAGAGGAGAACAAAGAGCGACGGCUGUUUGAGAACUGCAGGCUGAACUCUGAUGUUCUGUUCUGGGCUGCUGGACGUUCUGCCUUAGAACCUCAGAACCAGAGAACCACGGGUCGGAUCCCUGAAACGGGCCGCCUGGAUGAAGCUCAGAUCCCUCAGCUUCAGGGUUCCUGCAGCCUAAGUUUCCUCCUUUACUCCCUUGUCUCCUUUCUAUCCUCCCUCCUUUACUGUUUCUCUGAUUUCAUAGUUCCUGGUGAACUCUGGACCGGUCAGGAACCCCUGAGGUUCUCGUAGGAACCCUGCGGACAGGAACCCACGUCUGCGGCCAUUAAAGGACCUUUUCUCUCCUCUGAUGAAACGUUUGUCAUGUUUGGAGAAAACAAAGUGGAUCGGUUCUGGAUCCUCACGGCGACCCGGCUGUGGUUCGGACCUCUCGGUGUCUCAGAGCGAAUCAGGAUCAGAACAAUGUCUGGACCUCUCUGGUCCAAACAGGAGGCCCGGUUCUGAAGAAACGGUUUCACUGCUGUUUGGUUUGCAGUUUUUUUUUUUUUUUUUUUCUGAGGAGGAAUCUGGGAAUCCAGAUUGUUAUGAUUUGUUGCAAAAAUAAAUGUUUUAUUUGCAUCUGGUUAGAGAAAAAAGAAUAUUUGCAAUAAUUUCUUUGGUUUUCCUACAUUUAUUUUUGCUUGUUGAUGCAAAAUGAUUAAAAUUGAAAUCCGAUUGUUUUUGGGCGUUUUAAGUUUCUUUUAACUCGUUUCAGCAGUCGGUCCCAGUGGGCGAAUAUUCUAUAAAAUAAACCUUUAUGUCUACCUGAAUAGAAAUUGUUCAGAAUCAA